UUUGAACGCAGCUAAAAAGGUGAAUUGGGCUUUUUGAGUCGUCAAGCGCCCCCUAUAGGCUAGUAACUUUAGCAGGCAAUGCGGCGAAAGCGUCGCGUACUGAAGCGCAAGUACAGGCGCAUUUUCUCACCAUUCAUCAGCCUCAGCGGUUGGAUGCGCGGCCGGAGAGUCACAUCAAAGAGGAGCUUCCAGCUGAAAUAAACAUGAAGUAACGACAGAAGAGGAAUUUAUAUCAAACGCGGCAUAGUGUUUCACGAUCUGGGUCAGUUACGGUUUUUUCGUUGCGGAGUUCUGCUUUUAUACCUCGAAUAACUGGAUUAAUUUUAAUUAUGAGUUUAAUAUUGCUUGCUACGUUUUCGCGAAGGAGUGAUUAGAAAAUCGUGACCAGAUCUCUCGCGUCAGACCACUUUAAACGACAGGAAUAUGGCCAAAAAUAUUGUAGACGUCCCAAUGGAUGAUUUAAGUAAGAUAUCGGAUGAAGAACUGCUUAAAUGUAGCAAAGAGGAGCUGCUUAGGAGACUCCGAAAAGUGGAUAGUGAAAAGAUCAACUUGAUGGUGGAACACGGGAACAUGAUGAAGGACGUCAAUCGGAGAUUACAAGUGCAUCUCCACGAAAUACGGAGCUUGAAGGAGGUCAACCAGAAACUGCAAGAAGACAGCCAGGAGCUUCGAGAACUGUGCUGUUUCUUGGAUGAUGAUCGGCAGAAAGGGAAGAAGCUGUCCAGGGAAUGGCAGAGAUUUGGCAGGUACACUGCCAGUGUUGUGUGGAAGGAGGUUGGUAUAUUCCAACAAAAACUGAAAGACCUAGAAACCAACCAAGAGAGUAUGAUGAGAGAGAAUGUGGAGCUAAAGGAGAUCAUCCUCAUGUUGGAUGAUGAGAGGAAUGGAGCCGGAUCCAGGAGCUCCAUAGACAGCCAAUCCAGUCUGACCAAUCUG